AUGGUGCGGCCCCGGUUCGCCGUAGACUCGGCCGUCGCCGUCGCCGUCGCCUUCGCGUGGAAUGCCGCAGCUGACCUCCUUCCAAGGACCAUCACCCUCACCCCCGUUCCAGUCCCCGGCCCAGACUAUGAUGGACCUGAUCCCACGGGGGGUUUCGCGCAGCCUUCGAGGGAUUGGAUCCCUCCUGAGCUGUCGCAUCUCAUUCCGACGCCAGGUGUGAACUUUACGGGAACGGUGCCGACUUCUAUCCCCGUUCCUACCCUACCACCGGGUGGGGACGAGGAAGAACCGCCUCCACCGGAAGAGGAACCGGGUGAACCAAUUGAAGGUGAAGAGCCGGAAGAACCCGAAGUUCCCGCGGAACCGGAGGAGCCAGAGGAGCCAGAAGAGCCCGAGGAGCCCGAGGAGCCCGAGGAGCCUGAGGAGCCCGAGGAGCCUCUCGGGUGCCACAGUAAUGGUAUCGACUACGUGAAUGGAGGAACUUACAAUAUCGACAUGACGGCCGAGAAUUUCUUCGGGUUCAAGUCCGAAUUCAUAGGCUGCGAAAAUGCGACAGUCCAUCCGUACAUGAUUGACCCCGAGGGAUACGAGUACCCCUGUUCUAUCAUGCAAACUCAGCCAGAUAAAGAGGUCCAGUACUCUGAGUGCGAUGUUCUUUAUUCCGAGAUGUGGUCGGGAAACUGGUCGAUUGUGAUUGAGGCCUACGACAUCGACUUUUCUGUCCAGCGUGAUUUUGAACUCGUCGUGGGCAUUCUUCCCAAGGUCACGACCACUGCAAUUGACACCAUGAUUGUGGGAAUUACUACUGUUCCCGACCCAUUAACCGUGACAAAUUGGUACAAUCAGACGAGCACCAUCAUUUUCUGGCCCGACGCGGUUCUUGCUACCUGUGAAGGCAAUACUCAGACAAUUACCUCAUGGCUCGAGGGCGAGACCACCACUCUAUCUUACAGGAGUACUCGGACCCUUUACGACGACCCAUUCUACGCUUACUGGACCACCACUGCUGGAGUGUGGGCUUACUGCCAUUGGCCUUGGUGGCAGUGGCCUUCAUAUCCACAGCCGCCCACGAGCCCUGCGCCAGGACAGCCUCCUCCGCCCACGCAGCAACCCACGUCCCCCCCUCCAACUUCCCAGGUCUGCCGCGGGACGACGUGUAUUACUGAGCAGCCGCCGCGGACGAGUGAUCGCACCACGGGCCCCGGGGGUUCUACUUCCUUGCCUGGAACUUCUUACACCGUUUGCCGCGGUACGACGUGUCUUGAGGAGGACUUCCCCACGGCGCCACCGGGCCAAAACGUUCCCACUCCACCAAAGACGCCAGACAAGCCUCGCGAGCCUACGACACAACCGACCGAACCCGGCGAACCCGAGCCAACCCAGCCCGGAGAGGAGCCCGAGCCUGGAGAGGAACCAGAGCCUACGUCGCACACGUAUAUUACGCGUAGCCGUACGCGUACGCGCCAGCCAUCACAGACUUGGGAUCCUGAACCUCCCCCGCCGCCGACGCCGACGUUCCCUACGAGCACGCCUCCUCCGGUUAAUCCGGAGCCGACGCCUCCUGGUUCGAGUUAUAGUGUUUGUAGGGGAAUUACUUGCCUUGAUGGUAUCGAUUUGCCUACGUUCCCGCCUGUGGAAGAACCACCGCGGCAGACUGGUGGGCCGGGAGGUGGGCCGCCUGAUAGACCGGAACCAGAACCAGAACCGGAGCCUGAGCCUGAGCCUGAGCCUGAGCCUGAGCCUGAGCCGGAGCCGGAGCCGGAGCCGGAGCAGCCUGGACAGCCCGGUGAGGGACCGGGAGGAGAGCCAGAGGAGCCAGGCCAGGAGAUGGCCCUGGACCCGGGGAGCCAGACCGACCCGAUGAACCAGGCGAGGGGCCUCCAGAAGGAGAAGAGCCACAGCCAGAGCCUGAACCUGAGCAACCGGGAGAGGAACCACAACCAGAACCUGAGCCAGAGGAGCCGGAUCGGCCAGGAGAAGGACCGGGAAGGCCGGAUGAGCCCGAGCCGGAACCAGAACCCCAGCCUGAGCAACCUGGGGAAGAACCAGGAAGACCAGAUGAGCCUGGACCAGGUCCCGAGCCUGGACCAGGUCCCGAGCCUGAACCAGAGCCCGAGCCCAAGCCAGAACAACCUGGGGUUGAGCCAGAGAACCCAAGAUCACGAACGCUUCGCACCCGCACCAGGUCAAGGACGCAGACCCCAGGCCAGCCCACUGGUCGGCCUGGUGGCGGAGAUGAGCCGGAAGAACCUCAACCUGGACCCGAGCCUGAGCCAUCUGAGCCGACGCCCGAGCCUGGGCCGCAGCCUGAACCUCUGCCUGAGCCAACUGCCGAGCCAGGGCCUGGUCCUGACCCGCGGCCGGAUGAACCUGGCCAACCGGACCAACCAGGUCCCGAACCCGAUAGGCCUGAUAGGCCGGAUCAGCCUAGUGAACCAGACAGGCCAGAUCAGCCGGGGCAGCCGGGGCAGCCUGACCAGCCUGACCGACCAGAUCAACCAAGUCCACCAGACCAACCCGGCCCUGAACCCGAUCGACCUGAGCAGCCUCAGCAACCUGACCAACCAGAUCAACCCAGCCAGCCAGACCAACCUGGACCGGACCGACCAGAGCAGCCUCAGCAGCCUGAGCAGCCAGGACAACCCGACCAACCAGGUCAGCCCGAUCCCCAGCCCCCUCAGCCAGACGAGCCCGCCGAUCCCCGCUCUCGCACACUCCGGACUCGCAUACGUACUCGUACACAGAGCUUUGACGAGGGUCAACAGCCUGUUCCCACAACGCCGCCUCGGGGUCCGGUUCCGAGUGAGCCUACUCCUGAGCCUGAGCGACCGCAGCAGCCAGACAGGCCGGGUCAACCUAAUCAACCUGACCAACCGGGGCAGCCUCAACAGCCGGAUCGCCCAGAUCAGCCAGGGCAACCAGAUCAACCUGGUCAGCCCCAGCAACCAGAGCAGCCAGAGCAGCCCAACCGACCUGACCAACCACAACAGCCCGAUAGGCCCGACCAGCCUCAGCAACCGGACCGCCCAGACCAACCAGGACAGCAGCCAGGACAACCAGGACAACCCCAACAACCCGACCAGCCAGGACAGCCUCAGCAACCGGAGCAACCUCAGCAGCCUGGUCAGCCUCAGCAGCCAGAUCGGCCAGACCAACCAGGGCAGCAGCCAGGACAACCUCAACAACCCGACCAACCCGGACAGCCUCAGCAACCUAGCCAGCCUAACCUACCGGAUCGACCAGAUCGACCAGACCAACCGGAGCAACCUCAGCAGCCUGGUCAGCCGCAACAGCCAGGACAGCCAGGACAGCCUCAGCAACCUGACCAACCUGACCGGCCUGACCAACCUCAACAGCCCGACAGGCCUGGUCAGCCAGACAAUGGCCAGCCGAACCCUGGAAAUCCUUUCCCCGGUCAACCUCAGCAGCCAGAUCGUCCUGAUCAGCCUGGACAGCAACCUGGGCAACCUCAACAACCUGAGCAACCGGGACAGCCAGGACAGCCUCAGCAACCUGACCAACCUGACCGGCCUGACCAACCUCAACAGCCUGACCAGCCAGGACAACCCCAGCAACCAAAUCGGCCAGACCAACCUGAUCAGCCCAAUCGACCAGAACAACCGAACCAACCCCAACCUGGCCAACCCGGUAUUGGACAGCCGAAUCCGGGUCAACCUAAUCCUGGGAACCCCUCCCCAGGACAGCCGCAGCAACCGGAUCAACCAAGUCAGCCCAAUCAGCCGGAUGAACCUCAGCAACCUAGCCAGCCGAACCAACCUGGUCAGCCAGGUAAUGGCCAGCCCAACCCCGGAAAUCCCUUCCCUGGUCAACCCCAGCAACCGGACCAGCCGCAGCAACCCGGCAAUGGCGGGCAAAAUCCUGGAAACCCUUUCCCCGGUCAACCUCAGCAGCCCGGUCAACCCCAACAACCUAACCAGCCGAGCCAACCUGGCCAGCCAGAUAAUGGUCAGCAGAACCCUGGAAAUCCUUUCCCCGGCCAACCUCAGCAGCCAGACCCGCCCGAGCAACCUGGUAAUGGCGGGCAGAAUCCAGGAGACCCCUUCCCCGGACAGCCCCAGCAACCUAGCCAGCCUCAACAGCCUGACAACGGACAGCAGAACCCUGGAAAUCCUUUCCCUGGUCAGCCUCAACAACCAGGCCAACCACAGCAGCCUAAUCAACCUCAGCAGCCGGAUAAUGGACAGCAGAAUCCCGGGAAUCCCUUCCCUGGCCAACCGCAACAGCCGCAGCCGCAGCCUCAACCUCAACCUCAACCGCAACCUCAACCACAGCCACCUCAGCAGCCCGACCAACCUCAACCUCAACCUCAACCUCAACCUCAACCUCAGCCUCAGCCUCAGCCUCAGCCUCAACCUCAACCUCAACCUCAACCCCCUCAGCAACCAGAGCAGCCUCAACAACCACAACAGCCUGGUCAAGGCGGCAAUCAAGGAGGGAACCAAGGAAACCCAGGAUUCGGCGGAGGAAAUCAAGGAGGUAACCAGGGAGGAAACCAAGGAGGGAAUCAGGGUGGUAACCAGGGCGGCAACCAGGGCGGCAACCAAGGAGGAAAUCAAGGAAACCCAGGAUUCGGAGGAGGGAAUCAAGGUGGAAAUCAAGGUGGCAACCAAGGAGGUAACCAAGAUGGUAAUCAAGGUGGAAACCAAGGAGGGAAUCAGGGCGGCAACCAGGGAGGCAACCAAGGAGGAAAUCAAGGAAACCCAGGAGUCGGAGGAGGGAAUCAAGGUGGCAACCAAGGAGGUAACCAAGGCGGUAACCAAGGAGGAAAUCAGGGUGGGAAUCAGGGAGGUAAUCAAGGCGGAAACCAGGGAGGAAACCAAGGAGGGAACCCUGGGUUUGGCGGAGGAAACCAGGGGGGCAACCAAGGCGGUAAUCAGGGAGGAAACCAGGGCGGUAAUCAAGGCGGUAACCAAGGAGGUAACCAGGGAGGAAACCCCGGGUUCGGUGGAGGUAAUCAGGGCGGUAACCAAGGUGGUAACCAAGGCGGGAAUCAGGGUGGGAAUCAGGGAGGUAAUCAAGGCGGAAACCAAGGAGGAAAUCCCGGAUUUGGUGGAGGAAAUCAAGGCGGGAAUCAAGGUGGUAACCAAGGAGGAAAUCAGGGUGGCAACCAGGGCGGUAAUCAAGGAGGUAACCAGGGCGGUAAUCAAGGAGGUAACCAGGGAGGAAACCAAGGAGGGAACCCUGGAUUUGGUGGAGGAAACCAGGGCGGCAACCAAGGUGGCAACCAAGGAGGAAAUCAGGGUGGGAACCAAGGUGGCAACCAAGGAGGUAACCAAGGAGGUAACCAGGGAGGCAAUCAAGGUGGAAACCAAGGAGGGAAUCAAGGAGGAAAUCGGGGCGAUGGCAGCGAUGAUAACCGAGAAGCCUAAACUCCCUCUCCGGCGACGCCAAGCCGUGGAAGACCCCGAGGACGAUGAUUUUGUUGAUCAUUUCAGCGACGAUGACGAGUCGGACGGUGGAGAUGAGUAUUCGGAAUAUCCUGAUGAUGUUGUCGUGUUCCCCACAGUUACCGAGACGGUGUGGGAGAGCAAUGUCACGCAAACUUACAUGGUGACUAUUGCAUUGGCACAAAAGACGGUUUACGAGGACGUCAACCAAGUCAUCACUUCGACACUGAUCCCACCAGCUCAGACACUCUGCGCCAACGAGGUAGACGAGACGACAACGGAAUACUUCCAAGGAAGAGAGCAGACCGAGGUCCACGUCGAUUACGUGACGGUUACGACCGAACAGACUAUCUGGAUAGGACAAACUACGAUCCAGACGUAUUCCGACUACCACGCAAUGACUCAGUGUUGGCAAGGCGGUGGUUGGUAUGGAUUCCCGUAA